CUGGGUGACAAUUGUUUUGAUAUUAUUUGGGACACUUCCAAUUCUUGUUCUCGCAUUACUCAAACUCCUCGGCUAUCGUCGAGAAAUUGAUCAUUUUCUAAUAGGAAUCAGUUUCGUGCUAUGUUCGAUGGGUUUCGCCACUGUGUUCAAAACUGUUUCUUUAGUCAUAGCUUUGGCAGCAAGUGGUUCGACGAUCCUGUUGACUGCAGCUGUCCUCAUUACGGCUCUGUACCUGAGAGAUUCUAAUUUUCUCUUCACCAUUACACUUUUCGCAGCUUUAUGUGUUUCUGUGCUUAUUGGAAUAAUUCUGUAUAUUGUUGAAUACGUAUCAGGUCAUGAUGAUAAGCAGGCACUGAGGAUUUCACUUGGCGUUAGCUUCAUUCUCGCUAUGGUGUUGGCUAUCUUCCUGACGAUGAAUAGACUACGAUUCUGCAUCACAUACAAAGAUGUUUACUGCACAAUAAUAUUCCGAGCUUUCUGUUUGUGGUUGGAAAUGAUCAUACUGUUCACCGCAACAUAUUCUCCUUUUGAUAAAUCUGAGGAAGCAUGUUCAAAUGCGCAAAUGUUUUCACCC